AUGGAGCGAGUGCACCCCGUGUCAGUGCCUUCAAAGGUGCUAUUCAAGAAGGUGCGCAGGAUUGUGCCGCCUAUGCUUGAGAGAUUCCACAAAGGACAGCUAGGUCGGGUUGCUGUUAUUGGGGGAUGCGCCGACUACACAGGUGCACCAUACUUCUCAUCAAUGGCCUCAGCAAGACUCGGAUGCGAUAUGAGCCAUGUCAUCUGCGAGAGUUCUGCUGCUACCGUUAUCAAGUCUUACUCCCCGAAUCUUAUGGUCCACCCUCUCCUACCCAGCAGUAACUCAGUCUCAGACCCGAACUCAAUAGAUGCGCCUGCUCUGGCUAGCCCAAUUAUCGCCAUGCUUUCUCGUCUUCAUACAAUAGUAAUCGGACCGGGAUUAGGUCGUGAUGGAGUCACCCUGAAGGUGGUCACAGAGGUAAUGAAAGAAGCACGCUCUCGCUCAAUACCUUUCAUCUUGGAUGCAGAUGGGUUGCUAUUAGUUACGGAGGACCCGGAUCUCGUGAAGGGAUACAAGGAGUGUAUUUUAACUCCCAAUGUCAACGAGUUCGGUCGCUUGGCAAAGGCACUAGGGAUCGACGUUCCGAGUCAGACUCAGCUUGCAAUCGCACAGGAUGGGGACAAGAUCAGCCAAGAAACAGAAGCAUGCGAAAAACUCUCAAAAGCACUUGGUGGGGUCACUAUCAUCCAAAAGGGGAGACAUGAUGUGAUUUCCAAUGGGGUGACUAGCAUCAUUUCCGAUACCCCGGGAGGGCUGAAGCGUAGUGGUGGCCAGGGAGACACUCUCACUGGCGCACUGGGCACGCUGAUGGCCUGGAGGGUAGCUUACCACAAUGGCUUAUGGGAUUCAGGUGAACAAGAUCACUCGAAGGAGGCGCAGACCAAGGAAGAAGUCCAGGCUGAGCUGGAAUCGGAGAUGAAAAUGUCACCAACCACGACCCUGCUUCUUGUCGCGUGGGCUGGCAGUGCGAUUACCAGAGAGUGUUCCCGACGUGCUUUCAACGCCAAGGGACGGAGCAUGCAAGCGAGUGAUCUUACUGAUGAAGUACACGAGAGUUUCCUGACGCUUAUUGGCGAGCCUGAAGGAUCCAAGGUGCAUCUAUAG